CUGCCUCGUUGGGAGCAGCCACACCAGGAGGGAGCGUCGAGAUGCAGCCGCUGUCCUCAAACUCAAUGUUGAGCAGCCCAAUUCCGAUUCCCGCGCCGUCGUCAAAGUCUAGCACGAGCAGCGCCUCUGGCAGCUACCAAUCACGCCUGUCCCUGUCGUCCACGACGUCGUCGAGCGUCGCUUCCCUGCAACGGAUAGAGAGCGUUGUGCCGUCCACCGCGACGAACGCUCUGCUCGACGACUGGCUUCGGCCAGCUGCAGCAACAACAACAGCAGCUGCUGCGAAUCCCAAUGCUUCUUCCUCGUCGUCGUCUGCUUCCUCGCUCGCUGCAGGUGCCUUCACUGCGCAUGGCAAUGGGACUCAUGCAUUCCUGUCCACUCCACGACACCCGGAAGCAGAGUCGCCGUCAGCAGCAGCGGCAGCGGCAGCGGGCGCCUCGUGCGGCCGAACUCCGCCUCGCCCAGGGUCUGUCACCAGCGACGCGAGCGACCGCGGCCCCCUGUCGUCCGCGUCUCGAGACCUGUCGAUAGUGUCCGUCGAGAGCAUAGGGAGCGGGGGCAGCAGCUCCGAGAGCAACUUGACGAGCGCUGGUAGUGCCGUGCUGAGCCAGAGCGGCAGCAUUUUUAGCAUUGACCGCAUCUUAACUUCUGCUGAAAACCGCAGCAAUACCGUCAGGAUUGGCGACAUGCAGCCGGGCCUUGCAUCCGUCAUUGAAAUGGGCAGCGUCAACACGCUCGCCAGUAGUGCGGCAUCGUCCGAGAUUGGCCGAGCAACAGCGGCAGCAGGAAUAGCUGCAUCAUCAUCUGUUUCGAUUUCCACGCCAGUAGUUGUGGCAGGCAACGCCCCAAUGAUCCGCGGAUCCACCUCCAAUCAGACUCUGAGCAGUAUUGCCUCGUCAAACAUGUCUUCCACCAACCCAAGCGACCGGACGCUUCAGCAUCGCGCAGCUGCGGGAUCAAUAACGUCGUCCAUCCGAUCGGAUUUGGCGUUUCAGCCCGUGCACUACCGGACGUCCUUGCCUGCAGGAGCAGGCAGCGAGAUUGAUCCGUAUGCCCUGCCAGUCGCGACCGCGGCCCCACCAAAGUUUUCCACCCGGCUUCGCAACUCCAAGUACAGCUCGUCCAGCGGCAGCUCGCGCAGCGGCGACAAGGCAAAAUGGCGAACUGGCUCUGCCUUCGGUCCCGUCGCCAAUCCGCUCGAUUUCGACCAUUUCGCCUUCAGAAAAUCUGCCGCCGAGUCUUCAAUGCCUGUCCAGGACUCGAGAUUCACAUUUUUCAAGUCGCUCGGGUUUGUGAUAGCCAGCAUGCUCAUUCUUCUGGUAAUCAUCGUCGGUGCAUUGGGCUGGGCAAGUGGCCAGCAGUACGCGCAAAAAAUUGUCGAGCAGAACGAAAUCUCGUCGCUGCUGCAAACGCAGAUCAUGAUCCGGCGAAUGUUCACAGCAAGCUUGAAUUCCAUGGAAUCGAGCGCCGCUGUUCUCGGACAAAACACGCGCCUGAUUGCCCUUUACCAUACAGAGCUGACUCUGGUGGGGACGAUGGUGGCGCUGCUGUACAACCAACUCCCGCUGCCGCCGUCUCCAAGCUCUGCGGGGCUGUCAUUCACCAGCGGCCAGGUUCUUGGCAUUCACGACGCUCGCUUGCUGCCAAUUAUGCAAAUGGGACCUCUGACUCAGGACCAACUCUUGCGCAUCGACGGCAACGCGUCCGACAUCAACGGCCUUUUGACCUUGACCAGCCUGAACCGAACAACGCUCCAACCAAUCAACGGCACGUCGCCCAUCUAUGCUCCGACCGCAGAGGCUCUGGGCGAGUUCUUCGAAGCAUUCCUUUCCAACUCUACACAGGAAUUGCAGUGGGCCCCGCCCCGCCGAUCAGUCACGUUCGGCACGACAAUGCUGUCCGUGCUUGUGCACCCGCGCAGGGCGCAAGGGCCCGCCUAUAAUCUUUCUGCCGUUGCGCUCAGCAUCACGAUGAGGACGUUUAGCGACAUGCUGCUUGAGCUGGCAGAUGCGAACUUGGGUUCAGGGUAUGCGCUGAUCAUUGAUCGCGCGACUCACGAGGUCAUGGCCGCCGCAAGUGUCAUGUCAGACGGAAGCAAACAUUCAUACGACAGCAUUCAGACACAGUCGCAGCUCCCACCUCAGAUACUCGCCCUCGCGCGAUGGUACAACACCUCGGGCGUCUCAAGCUGCUCGAGUUGCGUGAACAAUACGUACGUUGUGCCCACGAGCGACGCGUCGUUGCGUCUCGUCUUGGAGAAGUUUGACCGACCUGGGCUGCAGUGGGCCAUCCUGUACGCCGCACCCGAGCCGUCCAUGCCGAUCGAGUCAUCGGAGCUCAUCAUCUUUACUGUCUCGGUGGUCGUGUGUACUGCUCUGCUCGGCAGUCUGGUCGCGACAAUCAUCACCAUUCCACUAAAGCGGCUGGUUGAGCAAGUUUCCACGCUGGCUCGUGCGCAAGACUCUGUGGCAGACAUUUCUCCGCUCCAAACGCCGCCCGGCAUCUGGGGCUUGUUCAGUCGAUUCUACGAGACCACGAUGCUGCGAGCAGCGUUCAACGAGCUUCUCCAGAGCAUCCAAUUCAGAAGCCGCGCUCCCACCUCCAUGGUGGUGUUGGCAAUGCGGGACAUGGAGGUCAAGUACUGCACCGAGUUCUUUUACGCCACCUUCGGUGUGCGCUCCAAGGAGGAGGCCUCGCGAUUCAUCCAACACCUGAUGCAGUGGCCAAUUGUCAAGGAUUUAUUGGAGCGCAUUCAAUGCGGAGAGCUACACUCUGGCAAAAUUGAGAUUGCAACCAGCAUCAGUCGUGACACUUGGGCGGCAGAUCUCGCCAGCGCAGCCGAUAAUGGCGGUGCUGAAAAUCCCGACAAUGAGCUCCAAAGCGACGCAGGCUCUGGGCACGACACCAGUCAGCCCAAACACUCGAGCUCCUCCGGGGAGGUUGUCGUACAAGUUGACCCGACAAAUGACGAGCACAAUCUGGCAUCCUCGUCGACCCACAGCAUCAACACGCUCCCGACGGCCAGCGAAUCGUCUGCGCCAUCCUCGCAAGUCCAUUCCGUGCCACUCAAGCCCAACGUCGCAUCCCAGGUGCUCACACGCCCAGUGUGGCUGCAACUGGAAGUCGACACUGACCCAAGCAGCCCCGACGACAUUUGCAUUGUUCUGACCAACAUUACGUCGCAAAAGCAGCACGACCUCGAGCUCGAGCGAACAAAUGCGACGUUGGUCCAGUCCAAGCACAGCACAAGCCAGUUCAUGAGCCACAUGACACACGAGCUGCGGACGCCGCUCAACGGUGUGAUUGGGCUUGUUGAUGUGUUGGCUCAAACGCAACUGAACGAGGAGCAGCGCGGGGUCCUGAAAGACAUUGAGUUUAGCUCGGAUCUCAUGAACUCGUUGGUGAACAACAUUCUCGAUCUGUCCCGCAUGGACAAUUACAUCAUCGGCUUGGAGCAAAAGCCAAUGGAGCUGCGUCCGUUGAUUGAGAGCAUGUGCGUCAACAUUAGCCAGUCCAAGUUCCUCAAAGACAAGCUGGGUGUCGAGUUGCUGUCCUUCAUCGACCCGGCCCUGCCUCGCUGUGUGCUUGGCGACCCGCCUCGGCUGACCCAAAUCCUUAACAACCUGUUGUCCAACGCGUGCAAAUUCACCGAGAAGGGUCACGUUCUGCUCUCGGCCGAGCUGCUUCCGCCGCUCGAGGCUGCCGACGAAGUUCCCGACGAAAAAUACGUGCGCGUCCGCUUCAUGUGCGAGGACACUGGCAUUGGCAUUCGUGAUCAAGAGUGGCACAGGCUGUUUACGCCGUUCUUCCAAGUCAAUCCGAACGGUCCGAACGGCGGCACCGGUCUCGGCCUCUGCAUCACGGCCGAGCUGGCUCGCAUCAUGGGUGGCGAGCUGUACUUUCACAGUGUCUAUCAACAAGGUACUCGCUUCCAGCUCGACAUGUCGUUUGAGAUUGCACGCGACGAGUCUUUAGUUCCGCCUCCACCGGUUCCAACAACAACAACAACAACAGCUCCAACAACAACAACAGCUCCCACAACAACAACAGCUCCAACAACGGCUCCAGGAAUCCGCGGUUCUGCUCCCCAACCCACCGCCAAGGACCCGCUUGUGAAAUCUACCUCUGUUGCUCCUGGGACUGUUGACCUUGACCCGAUGUUUGUGCCGCUUCACAACCGCAUGGACAAGAAUAGCAGCCCAAUGAUCCAUGCGUUGCUCUCAGGCGCCAACGCACUGCCACCAUCCGUCGCAACGGACAUGCCGGCCCACGAUCCUCAUGCGUUUGCCGUGUCUGCUGCGUCAUCAAAGUCCGAACUGUCGUCGACUGGCAGCAAAGGAACACUGGUCGCCUUUGACUCUCAAGCGCGUCUUCCAACCACACGCCGUUCGUUGGACGAUGCCUCGUUGUCAAGGACGGGCGUGCCGGCGAGCCACGAGGCAACUUCUGCAACUUCGUUCUCCAGCCACACGGAUUCGAUGAUGUUUGAUGCCGACCACCAACCAUCACCACUGCCACCACAAACGCAUGAUGCUCGGGCAAUCUUUGCUGCUGCUUUGGAAGACAAACAGCCCUCAAAGUCCAAUGGUACCGCACCUGUGGAUGCCAAUCAUCGCGAAGAGCCUCCUCGCAUCCCCAAGCAUCCAGACUCGCCGGCUGCGCUGCCGCAUGCCUGGCCAGAGCAACUGUUCGCUGCCGCCCCACUUGCAACCGAAGCAACUGAUCCCAGCGACGAAGCGAUGCGACUGUUCUGGGGUCAGCCAUCCAGCGGCGCAAGUACUGUUUCGAUUCGCCCUCUCCCGCCAUUGGCGGUUGCUCCUCCACUCCACAUCGCAACAGCCGUUUCAUCAUCACCCCUCCCGCAGGUCGGCUCUUCAGCAUUCAAAUCGGGAUUGCCGACGACGUUCGCGCCCGUCAGCAAUGCAACCGAUCUUGCGUUUGGGCUGGGCCUUGGCUUGGAGCUGCCGUUGAUUGUUGCCGCGCCAGACGCGGUUGUCCCUGUACCAAAGCCAGCCGCAACCACCCUCACAGGGGCAAUGAACAGCGGCGAGCAUGGACUUCUGGGCACGAACCACGCAGGACCGCAGGAACACUCGCUUGGAGCUGCGCCACCAUCGAUGGAGGUGUUUUCACGUCAGUUCCUUCCAAAAUCUCCUGACCGGCCCGAGUUCACAUCAUCCGCACAGCCAUCCACUUCGUUUGCGCCUCCCUUGCUUUCUGUGGCACCACCAACCACGACAUUUGCACCACCUCUGCUUCCAGUCGCAGCAGCAACCGUGUCAUUGACGCGACCAUUGAUUCCUGCUGCGUCGCUGCUACCUGCUCGAGCAUCACUGCUGUCUGUGCGCACCAAUACUUCGUUGCGCACCCCUGCUCCAUCGCACGCUGCUGCGUCACACUGCUGCCGUCGACGCGUCGUCCCGCCACAGCAGCCCGAGCCGCAACCUUCUGCAAGCGCUUCGACUCGACGGAUCAAGCGCAAACAAAGCGGGGUGGAAUCGAGCAGCCAAGGUGCGCCUCCCCGCUACAUUGUCGACCGAAGUCGAUCGCUCACCCGCCCGGAUGGUCGCCAAAGUUUGCUGCUUGUCGUUUCAUCCCCUUUGGUGCAACGCAUCGUUUGCGCUUACCUUCAAGACGCCUUUGAUAUCACUAUUCGAACCCGUCCCGACGAGCUGCUGUCUGAGCUUGUGCGGCGCAACGCCCAAACUCCAGCCUCGCCCGCCGAAGCCGGCGUGACUGCGGCGACAACCGCCACCUCCACCUCCGCGACCGAGACUGCGCUGUCCAACGUCAUCUGCGACUUUGAAUUCUCCAGCCAUAUGGCCACCUUUGAUCCCUCCUUGUUCACGCUGACACAGUGGGUCUUCCUCACAACCCGACAGCAGCUUGUUUCCAUUCAAAACGAGUUUGCUCGAUACAAGCAGACACAGAAAGGCGCACGGCCUGGAGCCAACGGCAUUGCCGCGUGGUCGUAUGACUGGCUGCGAGCUGUUCAAGUUGUGGUCAAGCCGCUGAAGAUGAACGAGCUCCGCGCUGUGGUGCUGCACCAAGAGCUCAUUCCGGAGCCGACAGUCCAACCCGAAACCUUCUUCCGGAACUGGAAUGUACGCGUGCUGAUUGCCGAAGACAACAACAUCAACAUGAAGGUUGUGCAGGCGUUCCUGACGCGCCUCGGCGUGAAGUUUGAGGGUGUCGGGAAUGGCCAGUUGGCGCUGGAACGGGCGUCCGAGUUCCCGAGUCCAUUCCAGAUCAUUUUGAUGGAUGUCCAGAUGCCUAUCAUGAACGGCGAUCUGGCUGCGUCCCAUAUUCGUCGAUACGAAAGGCAGCACAACCGGCCUGGCUACUACAUUCUGGCACUGACGGCAGACGCCACUGCCCCGACUCGCGAGAGGUGCCGUCAGCACGGCAUGGACGACUUGUGCACCAAACCGUUGAGGUUUGAGACCUUUUCGGCCGCGUUGCGCAAAGCGAUCGAAGCGUUGGAAAGCCGAGGCGUCAUCCGGCGUGUGACGACGGCAGGCCCAACCGCCCCGACGGCGGAAGCGUUGGCGGACAGCUCCUUCAGCCCUCGUCCCAGCCAAAACGAGAUCUGGGUUGAAAAGGCCGACGGUCACAUCAAGAACAGAAGCCACAAUUCCUUGCAGGCGGUGCUGCAGGGUCCGUCGUCUGGUCUGACGUCGUCCGCUGCCGUCAUGGCCGGUCUUUCUGGGUCUGGUUCUCGACUCGACCAUUCGCGAGAAUGGAUUGCUGCGCCUACUUCCACCGUGUUGCCGCCAGAGGUUCUCGCUCAGCGCUUUGUCGACAGCGAGCCUGUCGUUGUGUCGGGCAAGUUGGUCCAGGCGGCCGCGUUGUACCAGAAUUCAAGCCAUCAGCGUGCUCUCAGCGCCAGUGCGGCCGCCACCCCGUCGUUUGGUUCUGUCGCCCCGGGGCGCGGAAUGGUCAAAGUGGGGCUGGGCCAUUCGCCGACCGCUAGCACCACGCGAAGUGCCAGUCGGUCGUCGGCUAGCAGCGAGAUUCGCUCUGCGGGAUCGGUGGAGGUUUUGACGACUGAUUCCUCCAGCCACGUUCUCAGUAGCCAUCACGCAAUGGGCAACCCCCUUCGCCACGGACGUGCUGCGUCAUCGUCGUCGUCCUCAGCUCCCGACACCCACUCUCCAGAGUCUCAAUCGACGUCUCGUCGCAAUCACAAUCCAGGAAACGCAGCCGGCAGCUCUCUUCCGCACAGCAGUUCUGGCCACCGCCCGCGUUCCACGACCUUGGGACAGAGCGCAAGGACCCAUGGCAGUUCCAGCUCGGACAGUGAAAAGUUCCGCUCAUCGCGAAGUCUCUCGGGUCUCCCCUCCGUCACUCCCUUGCUCAGUAUUCCCUUGGCCGCCACUCCCUUAAUCGAAGUGCACAGUCCGGUUGAGUUUGCCAAUGAGAUCAGCGGCAAGCCUUCCUCCGAGUCAAACUGCUGA